GUGUAUGAGCAGCCCAAGUGGAAGAAGAUCCUCUACGCGCCGCAGCCAUAUGAGGACAACUACGUGGCCGACACGUUCCUGGAGCAGAUGCGGACGAACGCAAAUGUGCGGGAGCACGAUUACGGGGGCAUGGUGCGCUCGGCCGCAGCCAUCACGCAGCAGAUUUGCGCCGUCUUGAUCUUCUUCUCUGUGUUUGAGUUCGUGCGCCAAGACGCCAUCUCCGCCGCGCUGCUGGGCGGCAUCGACGUGUUCCUGGCGGUGACUGGCUUUGCGGUGCUUCGCAUUCACCUCGGCCUGCCUCUGCACACGCUGGACACGCUGAGCUCCUGCCUUUUGUUCUGCGCGACGCUGUCGCUGCUGUCGCCCGUGCUGCGGACGCUCACGCGGUCGUACGCGGACGACACGAUCUGGGCGCUGGCGACGUUCCUGGGUCUGCUGCACCUCAUCACGCACGACUACAACUACGUCAACUCGGGCAUCGGCCGCAGGUUCAGCGGCACGAUCUCGCUGAACGCGGCCAUCUUCACGGCGGUGCUGCUCGGCUCGCGGUUGCAGUCGAACGAGCACGUGUUUGCGUUCGUGUUGCUGGCCAUCGAGAUCUUCGCCAUGUUCCCCAUCUUCCAGCGCGAGGUUAAGCGGCACUCGGAGCGGCUGCACCUCAUGACGGCGGUCGCGCUCUUCGCGCUCUCGUCGGCGCUGACCUGGCAGCUCUCGGCGCUGCUGAGCGCGCUGGCGGGCGCCUUCGUGCUCUUCCUGGCGUUCGUGUGCCCGCUCUGGUUCAUGCACGUGCAGGAGUCCAAGAACGAGAUUCUCGGUCCCUGGGACAUUGCCCACAUCCAGCCCGAGCAGUGA